AUGUCUGCCAAAGCUAUCCUCGUCCUCUGCGCUCAGGCUUUCUUGGUCCAGUCUGCAUUCAGCUACUGCAUCUCCGGCAACAACUUCGGCGCUGGUCCAUCAGGAUUAUCAGGCUAUAGUCUGGGAGCCCCAGCUCUGGCUGCAGGAGGCAGUGGCCUGGCUUGUGGAGCGAACCUCGGGUACGGAGCUGGACUCGGCUACAACCCUAGCGCAGGCUACGGUGGCCUACCUGUCGAAGUAAUCCCCACCAGUGGCGGAGCUCUGCCUGUCUCCAGCGUGUCCUCCAUCGCUCCCAGCGGCCUCUCCAUAAACUCAGAGAAUGUGUUUGAUGGUGCUCUGUCCGUGGCUGGUGAGCUGCCGUUCGUGAGUGCUGUGGCUUUGGAGGGCGUGCUGGCAAGCGGCGGUGCUGGCGCCGUCAGCUACAGCUGCGGUAACGGUGUUACUGCUAUUGAGAGCAUCGCUCCUGCUGGUGCCUAUGGUGGUGCAGGUGCCUAUGGCGCUGCGUCUGCCUCAGGACUUGCUGCUGGUUAUGGACUUGGUGGUAAUCAAGGUCUUGGAUAUGGUGCAUUAAUUGGUCAGGGUUGUGGAUGCAGCCAGUAUUGA